AUGACGGGACCUGCACCCGAACUUGAAGACGAUAUCCCUAGCGAUUUCACACCCCAAAUUUCUGAGAAGUUGAAGCUCGCACGUCCAUGUGCAUCUGGAUCCUUUGGUGACGUGUAUCGGUUCACCAUCGAGAUCAGCAAAGGGACAACAGAGGUCGCUGUGAAGGUGGUCAAGAUCCAUGAUCCCUAA